AUGAAAUUCCUAGCUGUCUUCAUCGGCCUUCUGGCUGUAACUCUUGCUGAGCCCAUCUUCGAAACCAGUGCCACCAACUACCAUGAAAACGUAGGUAUUCCCGAUGCUGUAAGGAUCAGGCAGGCCGAGGAAGCUUUAGACUUCGAUGCAUCCAGAAUCAUCGGAGGUGGCAACUCCAAGUUAGGGAACAACCCUCACUUGGGCGGACUCGUUAUUACUCUCACCAACGGUCGGACCUCUGUCUGCGGAUCGUCUCUAAUCAGUAACACUAGGGCAGUCACCGCUGCUCAUUGUUGGUGGGACGGCAGGAACCAGGCCCGUCAGUUUACCGUUGUUCUGGGCUCACUGCGUCUCUUCUCUGGCGGUACUCGUGUCAACACCAACAAUGUUGUCAUGCACCCGCAGUGGAACCCAAAUACCCUUACCAACGAUGUAGCCGUCAUAACAAUUAACCGCGUUAAUUUUAACAACAACAUACAGUCUAUUAACUUGGCUUCUGGCAGCAAUGCUUUCGUCGGAACCUGGGCUGUCGCAGCUGGCUACGGAGCUACUUCUGACUCUCAAUCUGGAAUAUCAACAAGCACUGUUCAAAAGCACAUCAGUCUCAAAGUGAUCUCUGUCGCCGAAUGCCGCAGAACCUUCUCUUUCAUCACCGACUCCAUCCUCUGUGUUGAAACCCAAGGAGGCAGAGCUAGCACUUGCGGCGGUGACUCUGGUGGUCCCCUUUACACUGGCUCCGGAAACUCUAGAUCCUUGGUAACAUAA